AUGAUGACUAUUACUGAACUGAAUACAACACCCCUCAACCAGCCCCCACCAAGAUCCCUCACCAACUAUCUACAAUAUCCUUGCCUCAACCUCAGCCCCACAAACCUGGACCCAGACCGGCCCACAAACCUGGACCCAGACCGGCCCACAAACUGGCCCACAAACCUGGACCCAGACCGGCCCACAAACCUGGACCCAGACCGGCCCACAAACCUGGACCCAGACCGGCCCACAAACCGGCCCACAAACCUGGACCCAGACCGGCCCACAAACCUGGACCCAGACCGGCCCACAAACCUGGACCCAGACCGGCCCACAAACCUGGACCCAGACCGGCCCACAAACCUGGACCCAGACCGGUCCACAAACCUGGACCCAGACCGGCCCACAAACCUGGACCCAGACCGGCCCACAAACCUGGACCCAGACCGGUCCCCCAACCACCCAUCAUUCACAAAAUGGCUACCUAAAAAAACCCAGAUGAAAAUAAUCCCAGAGCCCUGCCCUCAUCACUCGAGGUUGUGGUGCCACGGACACCUCGUUUCCAACCUCGUGUUCUUUAUUGGUUUAUUACUGAUCUUCUGUUAAAACGGUUGAAAGCACACAAUUACAUUUUUCUUGGCUUUUUUUUUUUAUUUUUAAAUGAUUUUCGGUGAAAUCAACAACAACAACAACAACAACAACAAAAAAUAGAAAAAAACACUGUGGAGUUUUAACUGUAGUUGCUAGCUAGUGAUUUUCCUCUCUCUGUCCCAUGCUUUUCUCCAUCCCGGUUUAUCAACACAAGUAAUUACACAGCACAAAUAGCUGUGUAUCGCCGAUGUCACUUGCGCGUCGGUCGAUUGGUCACAUGUAUAGAAGGAUCAGAUGGUUGCUAUGGAAAACGGUUGAAACGGAAGAACACAGCAUCGUCACGUUGUCAUGGGGACAAAAACACACCGAUGGGGAAAACAGACAGCACUUGGGGGGAGGACAAGAGUGUUUUCUCCAUUGAAGGGGAGUCCAUCGUCAUCAUCAACCGAUUUAAGACUUCACAUUUUUGUCCUGGCUUUCGUCUUGCUUUGUGACAUCACCGUGUUCACAGGGAGUUAAAAAAAAAAAAGGAACGAGAGUUUAACUCAAGUCAAGAAAAUGAAGUGUUUUUGGUGUAGGUUUAGGAGACUACUUUAAUUCUCUAGUCUGUUUCCUUUCGUUGGGAGGGUGUGUGGACACUGGCUGACUGCCAACCAGGGUGAAAAAGUACAAUGUUUUUUUGUUUUACAGCCUUUAUUCGACAGGUCAUUUGACACUUAUUUCAGAAUUGGUGGUCUAAUGAACCGUUAAAUAAUGACUUUUUGUUACUUGCUCUGCUGCGGAAGAUGAAAGAGCAGAAACGAAAGACUGAAAGAAAAGAGGCGAGUGGAUGUUUUUUGUUUUGUUUAUACUUCCAGUUUAAAAAAAAAAAAAAUGAAUGAAAGGAAUUGAUUUGCAGAGAGAAAAAGCUUACUUUUCACCUGUCCUCCUUGUCGUCUCAACCUGUCGAUAGUCCAUGGAAUGCAUUUUGUUGACAUCUAAUGGAAUUUAGAAGGUUCUUUUUGUUCCAAACCUUGUUUUUUAGAGUUCUGAGAAUUAACUGGGAUAUUUUCUGCCCCCCCUCCCCUCUCCCCCCUUCCCCAAAAUGCGGACAAACUGUUGAUAUUGAUAACCAUUCACAUUACUUUUGGUGUAUUGUUGUUAUUAUUAUUAUUAUUAUUAUUUGCUUUACAUAUGUUUAGGUAUGCAAGUGUGUGUGUGUAAUGUGACAAAUGUUUUCCAUGUAGUUGGCAUGUAUUUUUGAAACAGAGCAUUUUAUUUACCGAGAGGUGGGAAAAUGCUUUGUUAUGAAGAAUGAUUGAAUGGUGCAAACAGCAAACAGGGUUUGAGCUCAGUUGUAAAUUAGUUCCUUCCUUCACGUAGCAAGUAAAGUUCAAAAAAAAAAAAUAAAAUAAAAAAUAAACUCUUUUUUAUAUAA